AUGGCAGCCGCGGUGUCCGUUAGCGCAGCAGCCGGAGCAGAGAAGCCCGCCGCCGGGCCGCGGUUCCCCGCACAGCCGCUCAGCGGGGACCGGGACGCCGCCGCAGGCAGCCAGGCAGAGGGAGAGGCAGGCGGCGAGGAGCCAGCGAGCCGGGACGCCGGGCGCCGGAGGGUCGAGGAGGAGUUGCCGGUCCUGAGCCUCAGUGAGAUAGAGAGCCGCCUGGAGAGGACUCGACGGGAGUUCUACAACCGCCGCAAAAUUAUCAUUAAAAACCUGCCGGCCGAUAUCAGCAACCAGGAGGUGCAUGAGCUGUUACGUGACUAUGACCUGAAGUACUGCUUUGUGGACAAGUACAAGGGAACAGCUUUCGUCACUCUGCUGAAUGGAGAGCAGGCUCAGUCAGCCAUAAAGCAGUUCCACCAGCAGCUGCUGCGGGAUCGGGAGAUCUCGGUGCAGCUGCAGCCCACGGACGCCUUGCUGUGCAUCGCCAACCUGCCGCUCGCCUUCACACAGCAGCAGUUCGAGGAGCUGGUGCGGCCCUUCGGCAACCUGGAGCGCUGCUUCCUGGUGUACAGCGCCUCCACUGGCCACUCGAAGGGCUACGGCUUCGUGGAGUACAUGAAGAAGGACUCGGCAGCGCGGGCGAAGUCGGAGCUGCUGGGGAAGCAGCUGGGCUCGCGCAUGCUGUACGUCCACUGGACCGAGGCGGGUUCCCUCACUUACACCCUGCUGCACUCCCGCUGCCUCUGCAUCGACCGCCUGCCGCAGGGCCUGCUCCACGCCCACGACCUCUGCCACGCCCUCGCUGACACACACACACCCAUCUUCUGCCAGCUGGCCCAGGGGCAGGAUGGAAGUUUCCGGCGUUUUGCAGUGCUGGAGUUUGCUACAGCAGAGAUGGCAGAGGAGGUUCAGCGAGUCGCUGACGGCAGAGCGCUGGGUCAGACGCACAUCCGGGUCUCCUUCUGCGCCCCCGGACCCCCCGGCAGGAGCAUGCUGGCUGCCCUCAUAGCUGCCCAGACCAUGGCGUUGAACAGAGGGAAAGGACUCCUGCCGGAACCAAGUGCCCUGCAGAUUCUAACUGGCCUGAACAACCCCGCGACCGUCAGAAUGCUGCUGAACCCACUGAUCCAGGGCAGGAAGCACGGUCUCCUGGGGGCGGCUCCCACACUGCCGCUGUUGGCCAACCCUGCGCUCUCUACUGCACUGCUGCAGCUGCUGCUCCACAACCAGGUCCACAUGCAGCAGCACUCUUUGUUUGGGAACCCUCUGCUGUGGACACAGUCUCUGCAUAAUGACCCCCAGCUGCUUCCCAGCGUGGGCCUCCUCGGCGAGAAUCCGCUGACUGCUCUGCCUCUUCAGCUGGCCGACCUGCCUCCAGGGGGCGUGGUGCCUACGCUCGGCCUACCGUCGGACUCUCCGGGUCCCAUCCGACCCCCCCUUGGCCACACCCUGCUCAGGGACCAGGACUCUCCCAGUGGCCCCGGCUCCUUCCCUGCCACGUCCCCUCCCACUGUCAUGGCCAGCAUGCUGGGGGCGGAGGGGCCAGUCACGCCUGGGGUCUCUCUGCUGGGAGAACCGCCCAGAGAAGCUAAUCCGGUCCCCACAGCACACAGCCUGUUCUCAGGUUUCAGCUCCAGGCCACACCCCUACAGGAAGAAGGCCCUGGGUAACGUGGCAAGCCCUCGCGGCUCAGCAGCCUGCCACUCCGCCUACAGCCUGCACUGCCACGACUCCUACCCCCGCGCCGAGUACUCGACUGGCCAGCAGGAUGUGCGGGCUGUGUUUUGUGAGGUGCCAGAGGCCUUGGACCCCGCGCUGCUCAGAGGUUUCGGACAGCAGGAGCUGCUCCAGCCCAGCUACACCUACCCCCCCAGCCCCCCCCUCCCCAGUUACUUCAGCUCCACUGCCCCCGACCCGGCUGCUCCCUCUGCCCAGCUCAACAAGGCUGUGGGAAUGCCCCCCAUGACCCACUCCAGCAGUCUGUACCCCUCUGUGCCAGGCACCACCGCCAAGACUCCUGUGGGGGGGCAGAAGCGGCUGUUUUCGCGCCUCAUCCCAUCGCCGGAGCCCAGCCCGGAGGGGGGUUAUGUGGGUCAGCACUCGCAGGGCCUGGGGGGGCACUAUGCCGACUCGUACCUGAAACGCAAGCGCAUCUUCUGACCGUGUGAGGAUGAGGCCUGAGCGGGUUGUGCUGACGGGCGGGCAGAGCGGGACGGGCCUCCCCAACCCCCCCCUUCAGCAUCGCCCCCUGCUCCUGUGACCUGCCUGUGUUCCUGCCACUGACUCUGGGGGGGCCCUGUCAGCCUUCCUCCUCCUGCGGGUUUGCCUGCUGCUAGUGCGGCCAGCCAAUGGGAUCCUUUGAUUCAUUUGUAAAUAUAAUUUGUGUGUAUGUACAUUUUUAAUUUUUAAUUUUUUUAAUUUUAUUUUAGGAGACCUUUAUGUUAAAUACAGGGAUUGUUUUGUGAUGAAAGGACAUCCUUUUUUGAACGAAUUGAAGAUUCCUGUUUUUUUUUUUUUGUUUUU